AUGUUCAUCUCAAAUGUGGAGUUAACUGCAGAUAGUAAGGACACAUGGAAAUGGAAGGCGACGAAGGAUGGAGAGUUUACAACCAAAUCAGCCUACUCUAUCUUGGAGGCAAGCAACACCGAGAGCCAUUCACCACAGCUACACAUUGAAGCGCUUUCAAAUGUUUGGGACGUUCCGGCUCCACACAAGGCGAGGGUGACGGCUUGGAGAUGCUUGAGAAACAGGCUUGCUACAUGUGAUAAUCUUGUUAAGAGGCAGGUGGUGCUUGAUACCGUUGAGAGGCGGUGCAACGCAUGUUUUUCGAGUGAGGAAACGGCGGAUCAUUUGUUCUUGUUUUGUCCAAAAGCUGUCAUGGUUUGGGACUCAAUUCAAAGAUGGCUUGGUGUUCAGACGGUCAGACCAGGUAAUGUUGCUCAACAUUUUACUUCCUUCUUUCAUCUGGGACGCGAAAAGAAAAGCAAGAAGGUUCUCAAGGCUUUAUGGAUUGGAACUGUUUGGCUCUUGUGGAAAAAGAGGAAUGAGAGUAGAUUUGAUGGUGAAGUUUGGGAGGUUAGCUGCUUGGUGCUUGAGGUGAAAGGUAGAUUGUGGAGUUGGAUUAAAAUCUUCAAUUUGCAUGUUGUUGAGGUCGAUUUUGGUGUUUGGUGCUCUCAUGAUUUUGUUUUGUCUUCUUGUAUCAAGUUCUAG